AUGGCGGCUCGUUGCUCGACCUUUAUAACAACACUUCUUUUUUCAACGUUUGUCUAUCAAAUUUCUAACUCGCUGCCUGUAGCUUACCAGGACGAUACUACCAAUUCUGAUCCUAAUAUUUCGGUGCGCGAUGAAACUUUGACAGAAAAAAAAUAUAAUAAAAUUUGUGUUACUCUACAGUGCAUGAGAGUGUCUGCGCAUAUAAAAGCAGCGAUAAAUGAAGAGGUGAAGCCGUGCGAUGAUUUUUACGACUAUGCUUGUGGACAAUGGAUGAAAAAGAACCCGAUACCUAAAGGAAAACAUAAAAUUUCAGCCAUCACUGAACUCAGGGACAAAAAUAACGAAAUUAUGCAAGAAGCUUUGGUCAGUAAUGAUUCUCUAAAUAACCUUUCACCUAUAAAAAAAGUUCGGACUUUUUUCCAAUCUUGUCUCAAUGUUGAGGCGAUCGACAAGCUUGGAAACGAGCCUAUCAGAAAGUAUAUUAAAGAUUUGAAUUCAUGGGCGGUUGAUAAAAAGAUCGGCUGGAAAUCUGGAAAGUGGGAUGUUUUUGAGACUUUAAAGAAAAUUCAAAAGGAAUAUACGUCUACUCAAUUGUUCUUUUCCAUCGAGAGUGUUCCUGAUCCAUUGUCAUCGAGGAACGGAACAGCCAGGCAGAAUAUAUUGAUGGUAUUUAGUCCCGCUGUUGAUUAAAUUAAUGACUAAGUGCAUGUGCCUUUCUCACCUCUGUGGCAGCGAUCACAUUUCUCAUUUCUCAAUUUCUGUCAUAUGCAGUUGUCUGAUUGUAUUUUCCACUCCAAUCGCAUGUGAGAAGAGUGCAUCCAGUUUGAGUCCACCACAGCUAAUGCAGCUAUUCUCGCUUUUCUCCUGUACUGACACUGGAUCAAUAAGAGUUGAUCCUUACCGGCUGGACCUGUCCUCUAAGGAGCAAGGCCUUUCAAAGGGGAGGGGGUGCAAAGGGGGCAAUUUGACCCAGGCAAAAUAUAAGUAAUGGUGUGAGAAAAAAUUUCUAGACCUACAUUUUACAGAUAUUGGUCCAAACAAAUUGGUUUUACCGAUGUUUUAACAGGAAUUUGUCCGGGAAAAUUUUGUUGAACCUUAAUUUUUACUGCUGUAAAAUUUUUGGGAAAAAUAAGCGCCCCGAAAUAAAAAUUUGCCCUAGAACAGUUUAGGACUGAUACAGCUAUCCAGUAUAAACAAAGUUAGUUUAAUUUAGGUUUUCUCCUGUAGUUACACUGGAUCAAUAAGAGAGGAUCCUUACUGGGCGGCCUCUAGGGAGAACAGUUUAGAACUGAGCUGUCCAGUAAAUAAAGUUAGCUUAGUUUAAUAAUAUCUGAAAGGUUCUCACAUUCAUCUAUUUUUCUAGAUAGAUAGGGCGCCAUUAGAUCUUCGUCCUGAACUUUUCUUUGGCAGUCCAAAGGUAGGGAAGUGUCUUCAACUUAACAAAUAUUGCAUGCUUGUUGUUUUCUCAAAGUUACGUAGAAAUGGUUUAGUCGUACAGCAUUCAGAUUAACUUUUGUAGUCAAAAAGCGGUGGCGAUCUGUUUCCAAAAAAGUGCAAAUUGCAUUUUAUGGAGACGAAGAGGCAGAACACUCAGUUCUGUGAAGUAGAGAAGGCCAAGUCGCAUGUAUGCAAGGGACAAUGGGCCAAAACGAAUAUCGAGUGAGUCCGUCAGUGGGCUAAGAAAUGGGUCGAAUAAGUGGGUAAAUACCGCAAAGGUGGACAAAAGUGUUCCCAGUUAUGCUAAUGAGGCAUCUUAUAAAAGAUAAAAACAAAUUGACUCAUUCUCUAAGAGUUGCUAAACGCAUUUACUAUAUAUGACAAACAAUUAGAGUAUUUCAAGGCAAAUAUUAAAAUAAGUUGGCAAAUAUUGAAUGAAGUCAUUAAUAAGAAAAAAAAACACACCUGUAAAUGGAUCUAUUCCCUAAUGAACAAAAUUUUGAUAUAGACAACUCCAGACAAACAUUUUAUCACGGCUUGAAAGAACAAUUUUAUCACGGCUUGAAAGAGCAUUACAAAAUUAGUAAUAUUCCAAAGUUUCGUUGCAAAAUGUUGUAAAAUGCGGAUAAUAUAGCCCUGCGAAGUUUGCCGUUUUUCAGUCAUUUUGUAUUACACACGGGAAAUUGUAUCUCACCUUUUUUCACAAAGCGAUAUCAAUUUCCCGCACUUAGUGGCUGAAAAGUUAAUUACCUUUCCAAUCCAUUGCAAUUUGUUCAAUAUAAUAAUACAUCCUUGGUCCAACUCCUAUUUCUCCUUUGCAUCAACAAUCUAGGCAAUGUUUCUAAUAUUUUAGAAUUGAUUGUUUAAUAUAUAUAAUUGCGAGUUUGAAAGGUUAUCUGAGUGGUUCAAGGCUAACAAUUUGUCGAUAAAUAUUAGGAAAUCUAAUUAUAUGAUCUUUAAACCACGACAAAAAAGAAUGUAUAAUGAAUUAAUUAUUUAUCUAUAAUGAUAAAUGGUUGUGUAAUUGAUAGGGUUAUAAAUAGAUUGUUUUCCUUGAUGUUCUCCUAGAUGAACAUAUUUAUUGGAAACCUCAUGUUUCUUCUUUCAAAAUCUUCUUUAUGUAAAUUAUAUUAUUCCCUAAUUUAUCUCUUUUUACAGUAUUUACUAUAUUGUAUCACUGUCGGGGGUUCUACUAGUUAUACCUUUCAAAUUUAAAACGUAUUAUUUUGCUUCAAAAGCGUAUGAGAAUUUUGAUGUAAUACACACCUUUCUGUAGGACAAAUCAGUCAGAGAAUUUACAGCUAUCUUUCAAGCUCUGAAGUUUUUUAAUACUUUGGAUGGUGACAUUCGUGAUGUGCCAAGUGUUUCCUUAUUCAAGUCUAGAUUAAUUUAAAGCAUUUUUUGUUUUUGUUUUAAAUAAAUAUAGUCUCGAUAAUGAACAUCAUAUCGAUCGCUAUUUACUCCUGAUUUGAUAAUUCCUUGCUUAAUUAAUAAUUCUCCUAUUAGAUGAAUAUGUGAUCAGUGUGAUUUCCUUCUACUCAUUGUAAUUAAAAUAAUUUUUGUAAUUAUUUAAAUUAAUUAAUUAAUUUAUUUUAUGAUUGAUUGCCUCAAGGUCUACCUGCUUUAUAUGUAUUAACAAAGGCGCCCAAUGUAAAUAAGUCGUUAUCAGUUUUAUUCAUUCUGUGUACUGUAUUUUUUUGUUAAUCAUUGGAGAAGAAAUUGAUUUGAUUUGACUUGAUUUGAAAUAGAGAUCAUUUUUGGAAUCGUAAGGGAGUGUUCAUUAUUUAUGGUUUGAGGGAGGGGGGCUCGCUCUCGAUAUCUACGUGAUCCCCCUCUGGCAACAGCAAAACUUACAUGACCCCCCCUCCCAAAAAAAAGACCAAAAACAUUUGUGGCCCCCCUAUUUUAUAUAAAAUACAGUACAAUUGUAUAAAUAUGGUAUGUACAAUAUCAGUUAACCAAUUAAAAAGUUUAUUUUAUGCAACAUGAGCUUCACCUCUGAAUUUACUAUACCUGUAUGAGUAAAUUCUUAAACACGUCCGAAUUUAUCAUUAUGAUAAAUUCGCGGCACAUUUUGAAUUUAUCAAUAGAGUUAAUCAUAAAACCACAAGCAUUAGACAAGACUUCUCGUUAUAAAUGUAAUGGCACUAAAAGGGAGGCUGGUCACGCUGGGGGUAAAAAUCCAAAAAGUUUAAAAAGUUAGGGUCUUCUGUGGUUAGGGGUUAGUGGUUGGGGUUAGGGUUAGUGUUAGGUGCCGCGAAUUUAUUAUUAUGAUAAAUUCAAAAUGUGCUGCGAAUUUAUCAUAAUGAUAAAUUCGGACGUGUUUAAGAAUUUAAUCAUAUAGUAAAUUCAAAGGUGGAGCAGUCAUGCUGAUUUUAUGACGUUAGUAAUAUUGCAAAAGCUCCUGUAAGUAAACUUGUAGCCAUGUAAUAAUUCAAAAUUUUCAUGUUAUAAAAUAACAUAUUUAAAAGAGGUCAAAACAUUGCCAGAACUAAAACUUUCAUGAUACCCCAUCUGUUACUCCCAAGCUCUGGUGACCCCCCAAAACAAAAUUUUUUGCCCCCUAUGAUAUCAGGCCUCCUCCCCCCAAAACCAUACAUAAUGAACACUCCCUAACCAUACUAUAUGAGUCAUAACUUGCAUAUUUUGUUUUUCUGUUUUAGGCAGUUCGACUAUUGUAUUACUAUAUGAGCAAAGUGACCAAUUUGACUGGAGUUGACAUGAGUUAUGCCAAAAAAUCGAUGAAAGACGUCAUUAGAUUUGAGAUUGGGCUUGCCCAGGUAAAAUAUGUUGAUUGCAAAAAAUUACUCAAAUUUAUGAGAAAAUUGACUUAGUAAAAUACAUCUUUAGUAAAAAAAUUGAGUAAAUGUGCUUAUAAAUUUGAGGAAUUUUACUCACAAUUUUGAGUCACAGCAGUGGGUGAAAUUUUUUAAUUAAAUACUCAUGCCUCCAGGACUUUUUGCAGUGCGUGAGUUCACUCUUUGUGUAUCUAUGCCUUUAGCUAACUUCAGGGAAAAUGGGAAAGCGUUAUGCUCGUGUGUCUAUCAAAAAACUGGAGCAAACCUUACCUCAGGUAAGUUCACAUGAAAGGAGGAUGAAGAACUGGAUGGUGAACUAAUUAAAUCACUCAUGCAUGUCCUAGGGUAGCUGCAUACCUGUGUAAGAUAUGUAGCCUGCUCACAGACGUUGUAGUUCUUACGCCAAGCGACGAAAUACUACAACGUCUGUGAGCAGGCUAUAAGAUAUGCAGCUUGUUAUAGUGAACGAAUAAUGUACUAAGAGUGUCGACGAUGACAGCAAACAUCAACGACAAUAUCGAUAAAAUUUUAUUUUUGAAAAUAGUUUCCAUGGUUUGAUCAUCUUCAAAGUCUCGUUGCUCCCAACAAACUCACGCGAAAAGAUCCAAUUGUAGUUCUGGCGACAAAAUAUCUACCGACGCUGUUCAAAUUACUCAAGAAAACUGAUAAAAAGUUUGUAUAUUUUAUUUAUCAAUGCGUCCUAAUAUCAUGCCUGUCUUAGUUAAGCGAGGACGAAAAUUGGCAAACGAGAGUUCUACAUGAGAGCUUUCUCAACUCUCAUGCCCCGAUCAAACGCGAACAAAAGUUGCGUGAGAGUUGAUGAGAGUUGAUUUGAUAUUACUGCGCACCUAGCAAGAACACUCAUCAACUUUCAUCAACAUUUUGAACCAGUUCAAAGUGGAUGAGAGUUGCAUGAGAUGUCAAAAUUAUGUCAAACGCGAGCGAGAGUUACAACUCAUCAACUCUCAUCAACUCUUUCAUAAUUAGUUAAUUUUACAUUCUACAUUCUCAGAGUUCUUUCCAACUUUAUGGUGUGGCGAAUGAUCAAAAGUUAUAUUCCAUUGCUGAGCAAUGACUUUCGUAAAUUGUACACUCGGUUGAAAGGCAAGACAGAGUCGCGGGCAGAAACAUGUUAUUCAUAUACCAGUAACCGACUCAGUAAUUUACUGGGAGCACUGUUUAUCAGGAAACGUUUCUCUGCCAAAGUGAAGACAGAUGUGAGUAUCUGGGCCACUACUGGGUUCCCUGCUUGCAGAGGUCUCUAUUUGUGCUGGGAAGCGAAGAAGAGACCUCGGCCACAGAGUAUAUCUUUACUCUGAGCCUCUGCCUAUAUACUUCCUCUGUGCCUCUGCCUAGAUCUGACACGUUUUCUGUCGCGCAUGUGCAAAAAUUGCCAUGACAACGAGUGAUGUUCACCACGUGAUAUCAAACCGGUUUGGAUAAUUCAAACUUGGUAAUUCAAAAACUUACCGUAAUUUGAAGGCAAACAAAUGUAUCUCGGCCCGAUAAAAUAGAAAAGAUUGCUUUCUUUUGUUCUUCUGUCACUGCGUUCACAGUUUCAUCUUUGAAAAUAUAAAUUACAUAACUUAGAGCACUUCAAACAACAUGAAAAACCUCGAAAUGACCAUAGGUCUCCCGUGUAUAUAUCCCCAAGGUUGGCAACUAAAUACAAAUUUAAAACUGUAUACAAAAACUUAAUGACGAAAAAACUCGUACAUAAAUUAAACAUCGAAAUUCACUUAAAAACUAACUCACUAUGGUAAGAAAUAACUGUAAUUCUUCUACAUUGUGUUUUCUUGUUCUCUCAUCACUUUAAAACGAGUUAAUUUUGCGAAAAUUCCGAGGAAAAUGGCUCAAUUUGGUCAAAACUAUGCGGGAUGACUGCUCCCGGCGUUACGUCACAAAAUAAAGCUCUCUGAUUUGCUGAAAAUGUUUAAAAUUUCAAAAAAACUCUCCUAUUGGCUGGCUGAAAUUUCCCAGCGAAUCAGAGAGCUUUAUUUUGUGACGUAACGCCGGGAGCCAUCAUCCCGCAUAGUUUUGAUCAAAUUGAGUUACGAAUUUGAUGAAUUUUCCUCGGAAUUUUCGCAAAAUUAACUCGUUUUAAAGUGAUGAGAGAACAAGAAAACACAAUGUAGAAGAAUUACAGUUAUUUCUUACCAUAGUGAGUUAGUUUUUUAAGUGAAUUUCGAUGUUUAUGUACGAGUUUUUUCGUCAUUAAGUUUUUGUAUACAGUUUUAAAUUUGUAUUUAGUUGCCAACCUUGGGGAUACACGGCAAAAAACGCCGAGACCGUUGCUCAACAGGACUGGACAAUGUUUUGCUGCCCACGUUGUUCACACUUGUCAACAAUAUUGAACAAUGCUGUUGAGCCUGAAUCGGGUGUAACAAUAUUGUUCAAUGUUGUUGACAGCUAUGAACAGUGUGGGCAGCAAAACAUUGUUCAAUCCUGUUUUCAUCAGUAUUGCAUAACCUGAGCGUUUUAUGCCGUGUAUAUAUUACAUAAUGACACAACGCUAUUGUGAUGUUACACGUACUUCAUGUAAUACAAAUUAUAGAGGUUUUACUGUACAUUGAAGCAUUGCAUGUCAAAGCAUUGCAUUUUAAGGCAAAUUGUAUGGAUUUUUAAAUUGUAUGGAAAAUUGUAUGGAAAAUAAAAGACCUUUUCGGGAGACCUAUGGAAAUGACAACGCUGUGCGAGCCGCCAUUUUGACACUACGGGCUCGAUGACAUUACAGCGUAAUUCAGCUCUGAGCAUGCACUAUUUGUUUCUCUAAACCGGUUUCAAAAUUUGUUUUACAAACUGGUUUGACUCGUCCACGAUCAUGGACUGAGGAAGUGUCAGAUCUAGGCAGAGGUCCUUCGCUUCCCAGCACAAAUAGAGACCUCUGCCAGCAGGGAAACUACUGGGUAGAACAGUUUAGAAUUGAUAAAGCUAGGCUUGUUUAAGUUUCUUCCUAUACUUAUUCUGGACCAAUAUUUGAAUAAAGGUUGGCAAUUUUACUUCACCCAGGGUGAACAUCUUUAGACAAAGAAAACUAUCCAUUGUGCACGACACUGAUCUAAAACACAAGCAGGAGUGCUUUAUCAGAUACUAUAGGGAGUUUACGAAUGUAAGACGGCGACGUCAGGACGACGGCUAUAGGGGUUUUAGGCGUUGUGCAAGCUCUGUUGACAACGGCAAAAUGCAUAUUUUCACGUCUUGUAUAGUACGCAGCACUUCACGCCGUGACAGGAAGUUUUUCUAGCAGAGUUGAUCAACAUGGCUCGGAGGCCGUUACAGCUCUGUUUUACUCGUUAGAAACUAUUUUAAAUUGAUACGAAAGUAAAUACAAGACAAAAUACAAGACAAGAUUUGCAUAUACAAUCAUUUAUUUCUUAAGGCAACUAACAACAUGUUUGAUACCUUCUUCCCUUCAUUCAUUUAUGUCUUGAGGCAACUAACAACAUGUUUGAUACCUUCUUCCCUUGUAAAUCAAUCAAAGUGUAUGAGGACGAUAAACCAUAUAUUCAAGGAAAUGUCAAGGAAAUGAUGCAUAAUAUUAAUCGCGAUAAAGCAUACCAACGUGGACAAGCCGAACGCUUUAAGUAUUUACGAAAUAAAAUUGUAUCUGAGAUUCGGAAAGAGAAAAAUAAAUUUUACGAUAAGAGAAUUAAACCGAUAAGAUAAGCAGCCAUAACCCAAAGCUAUGGUGGAAACAGACAAAGAAAGUUGUUGGAAUAAGCAGGAUUCAGUCUCUAUUAUAGAUCCGGAAACUGAAAAUCCACUAUAUACACGCGUAAAAAUCAUCAUGUUGAUGCAAGUUGUUCAAAACAGGAGCGAACAAUGUUGUGCUGCACCCCGUGAACAAUAUUGUUAACAAGUUGUUGAACCAUCAAUAUUGUUGCAACUUGUUGACAAUCAUGUUAACAAGUAGCAACAGUACUGAUGGUUGAACAACUUGUUAACAAUAUUGUUCACGGGGUGCAGCACAACAUUGUUCGCUCCUGUUUUGAACAACGCCGAACAAUAUGAUCAAUUUUUACCCGUGUACUGUAAGCGCAAAAGAGUCUGCUGAGUGUAUUAACACCUUUUUCACAGACCUAUAACUAAGAACUACCGAGAAGUAGCUGAUGAGUGGCUGACGAUUACAGCAGACGAGACCCUGCCUCAAAUAUCUGUGACGAAUCUCAUAAAGAAAUUAAAAGGCAUAGAUGCCAAUAAAGCACAUGGGCCAUUUGACCCCUUUUAAAGAUAAUAAAGUUAUUCGCUGAAUAUUUUGCAGUACCUUUAGUACAUAUUUUUAAUCAAUCCUUCCAAACUAUGAAAUUUCCGGAAGUUUGGAAAAUUUCUAACGUCUGUGUUAUCCCCAAAACUACCCCAUGUAAUAGAGUGGAGGAGUUAAGACCAAUUUCCCUUACUAGCGUACUCUCCAAAGUGCAAGAAUCGUAUGCUGUUGAAUCGAUCCUUGAGGACGUUCAAGAAGAAAUUAGUGAUUCUCAAUUUGGUGGCCUUGCGGGAUCUUCAGCUGUUUUGACGUUAGUGUAUUUGGUACAUAAUUGGUAUAAGAGCAUAGAAAACACGGGGAAAGUUGUAAGAAUCUCCUUUUUGGACUUUUGUAAAUCCUAUGAUUUGAUCAACGAUAACAUUUUGUCAGGAAAUUUUAUGAACAUUGGUGUGCGCGCCGUGCGCCCUUCGUUAAUAAGAUGGUUUGCGACGUAUUUACAAGGUAGACUACAAAUGUGUACGUGUAGAAACCACAAAUCAGAGUGUAAAAGUAUAAAAGGAGGGAUCCCACAAGGAAGUAAAUUGGGGGCCCUUGGCCUUCAUUAUAAUGAUUAACCAGCUGGCCAAUGUUGUUGAAACACCAAAUGAUGAUCAGAAUGGAGGUUCUGACCAAGACGACAUUGUUAUGUUUAUGGAUGACACUACUUUAUCCGAAGUGGUUGAUGUCACUAAUCAUGUAUCCGAAAAUGGUCAAAAUAAUAUUGAUAACAUAAUUCGGUUCACGGAAAAUGAGCAAAUGGAAUUGAACGCUAAGAAAUGCAAUGAAAUUGUAGUAGAUUUUAGAAAGAUUAAGACUGUAAUCCCUCCUGUCUGCAUUGGGUAACAACCUAUGUCUAGAGUGAAAACUUACAAGUUAUACACCCUUUUCAUAAAUGGCUGCCGAUUAAAAAUUCUUUGAUGUGCAUAUAAAUUGGCCCAACUAGCCUCGUAUGCAUGUUAGGAUUUCAAAGGAAUUUCUACCCAGAAACGAGGCUAGUUGGGCCAAUUUAUAUGCACAUAAAAGAAUUUUUAAUCGGCAGUCAUUUAUGAAAAGGGUGUAUUGGGACUCUGGAUAGACGAUGAUCUAAAUUGGGAAUCUAAUACAGAGUAUGUUAUUAAGAAAGCAACCAAACGUCUAUAUUUUUUGAAGGUUCUUAAGGGUUAUGGCUGUGUUAUCAGAGACCAUACGAUUUUAGGCGACGGCCGGAACAAACUCCUUCAAAUAAAUGGUAGUAAGGAUAGUUCGUCGUAUAUUAUCAAUCGUAUGAAUUUAAUACAGUUUUAGAAGUUGAAGACAUGGGUGUUAUGGUUGGGAAGAGUUCUGCUAAACCCAGUUUGAAGUUGCACUUGUUGUGGCUUGGAAUGCAGCCGUUGUAUCAAGACGUGAAAAUCUGUGAUUUAGCGUCGUAAACAGAGCGAGGACGAUGUCUAAAUUAUUUAUAUAUUGUAAUUACUCAAUUCUUUUCAAUGAUCUGUUGUAUUGGUAGCCGUUGCCGUCACGUUGCCGUCCUAAAAUCGUAAGGUCUCUAUAAUAAAACACGACGCGACAUCCGAGUGUCUUAUAUCCUGAUAAACCACGGACUGCGAGUGUUUUAAAUGGCUUAAAAAACGACUCAUCAUACGACCUAAGCAUAAGCCGAGAAACUAUAAAAGCUAACGUUUAUGUAAAUCAACAUGAUUUUUACCACAUUAUCACAACCAUCAACAACUGACGGUAGUGAUUCAUCUACAUAGAACAAGCUAGACAGAACUUUUUGCUAACUAUGGGAACUAUUCCACUAACAACCAUGGGAAAUAUCUUUGAAUAUCUUGCUACCACGAACUAUUAUUAUAUUUACCAAAGGUUGAAGAGAUGAUGAGUGAUAUUAUUGAGGCAUUCAAAGAUAAUGCACAAACUGAAACAUGGUUAAGUGGUAAAAGCAGAAAAGCUGUUGAACUAAAGGUAAGACCGGCGUUCACGACCCAUCGCACCGUUACUGAAAGUUUGACUGCGUGUGCGUGUCUCAUCAAAUGAAAAAUUAGACUCACUUUUUAAACUGUUGUUGCAGCUGAAAAACCUCCUAUCCAAAGUCGGUUACCCUGACUACUUGUGGAACGAAAAGGAUCUCACUUUGAAAUAUGAGAAUGUAAGAGAAUGUAAGAUUUUUGUGAAAAACGUUUUUGGUGGAACCAAGCAAUGUUUUGACAGGCUUCUCUUCGUGACUACUGCACCUGAAAAUCGUCUUGAAAUUAAUGCACGACGAAGACCUUGGUUGAAAAGGCUUUAUGUUUUUCAGCUAGAUACGACCGAAACAACAUUAUCAUGCAUUUGAGGAAUUUUAUCAUGUGACCAUUCUUUUUCUAGCUGGAUAUUCAGCCUGACCAAUGGUUCCAAAAUGUUGUGAAUUCUCACAAAUAUUUGAAUUUCAUGGAACUGCAUAAUGUUGGCAAGACCAUUGACAGAAAACAUGAGUAAGUAAAGUUUGUGUGAAAUAAAAAAAUGUUAUGCAAAUACGGUGUUCGCCUCUGGUGUAAGAAUUGCGUGCAUUACUGAAAUAAAAUUUACCGUGAAUUUUGAAUAAAGUUAUAUCUUUUGAUAGUUGGAAUACUGCUUCGCAGGUGGCCAACGCCUUCUAUGUUCGUACCAAGAAUGAAAUUGGUAGGUAA